UUGAGCCGGCGCUUGGCAAGUCAGCCACAUCAGAUUGAUAGUGGUCUAGAUAUAGGGAAAUGGGGUUGCUAUAGCAGAAAACAACUUCAGAUGGUGAUGGAUGCUGGAGAAAGAGACGGAGAUGGCGAAGACGGAGGAUUUGAGAAGUUCGGGGAAGAUAACGGAACGAAAUCGCCCGCCUGUUUGGUUGAUAAAAUGGUGAAUAUGAUCGAAUACGUUUCUCGAUUUGGGGAUUAUCGGAGAACCCAAAAGAAAGAGUGUUACAAUAUGGUUAGGCGGUUGAAGGUUUUCUUGCCUUUAUUCGAUGAAAUUCGGCACCUCGGUUCCCCGAUCAGCCCGAAUGGUGUGGCUUCUUUGUCUAAGUUGAAGAAAGCGAUUCGUUUGGCGGUGAAGCUGUUGAAAACUUGCAACGAGGGUAGCAAGAUUUACCUGACAUUCAAGAGUGAGGCCGUAACGAUCAAAUUCCACACUGUUUACGGAAAGUUGACUCAAGCUUUGGAAGAGUUGCCUUAUGAUGAACUUCAGGUAUCUGACGAAGUGAGGGAACAGAUUCAGCUGAUGCUGACACAAUUAGCCCGAGCCAAAAAGAGAGCAGAUACACAAGAUAUGGAGCUUGCUGUAGAUCUGAUGGCGGUUUCCUCAAAAACUGACGAAAGGAAUGCUGAUAUAGCCAUAGUAGAAAGGCUGGCCAAAAAGCUAGAGCUACAUACCGUUGAGGACUUGAAGAUAGAAACCGUAGCUGUACAGAAACUUGCUAAAGAGAGAGGCGGCAUUUCAGAGUCUACACAGCAGCAAAUUAUACGACUUCUCAACAAAUUCAAGCACUUUGUAGGCAUGGAAAUUACCAAUGUUCUUGAUGAUCCUUCCAUUCAUCAAAUACCGGGGAAAUCCCAAUCUUUGGUCAUCCCUCAUGAGUUCCUCUGUCCUAUCACACUUGAAAUAAUGAGAGAUCCUGUUAUUGUUGCCAGUGGACAGACAUUUGAAAGGGAAAGCAUCCAGAAGUGGUUUGAUUCUAACCAUCGAACUUGUCCAAAGACCAGGCAGACUCUAGCUCACUUGUCAGUGGCACCAAAUUAUGCCCUCAAGAGCCUUAUAACGCAAUGGUGUGAGAAGAACAAUAUUCAUCUCCCCGAGAAAGAGGAUCAUCCAUCUUCCAAGAGAUUCUUGGUUGAUCACAAAGACGAAAUGGCUUGUCUGGUUAACGAACUAUCUUCCAGUCAAUUAGAAGUGCAGAGAAUGGCCGUGAAGAAUAUCCGUAUGCUUUCCAAGGAGAAUCCAGAGGCCAGAGUUUUGAUAACCAAAAAUGGAGCAAUACCACAGUUAGUGCAUCUGUUGUCCUAUCCGGAUUCUAAGAUCCAAGAGCAUGUGGUUACAGCUUUAUUGAAUUUAUCCAUUGACGAGUCUAACAAGAGGCUCAUAACCGAUGAACGCGCCAUACCCCCGAUAAUAGAAGUCUUGCAAAAGGGAAGUAUGGAGACGAGAGAGAAUUCGGCAGCCGCUUUAUUUAGCUUGUCGAUGCUUGACGAGAACAAAGUGACGAUAGCUCUCGAAGAUGGCAUUCCCCCGCUUGUGGAUUUGUUGCAGAACGGCACGAUUAGAGGUAAAAGGGAUGCUGUCACUGCACUGUUCAGCUUAUCUCUCAACCACUUAAAUAAGGUAAGGGCUAUUGAAGCUGGCAUUGUCCCACCAUUACUGGAGUUACUCGAGGACAAGAACCAAGGCAUGGUUGAUGAGGCUCUCUCCAUCUUAUUACUUCUUGCAAUUUUCCCGGAGGGGAGACACGAGAUCGGACAGCUCUCGUUCAUCGAAACUCUUGUCGACUUCAUAAAAAACGGAACCCCUAAGAACAAGGAGUGUGCAACCUCGGUUCUUCUCGAGUUGAGUUCGAAUAAUUCAUCUCACAUCCUUGCAGCCCUUCAGUUUGGGGUAUAUGAGCAUUUAGUUAAGAUCAAGCAGAGUGGAACAAAUAGAGCUCAGAGAAAAGCAACUUCUCUUUUACAGCUUAUGAUCAGCAAGUGUGAACAAAUUCCAUAAAUCUUGUCAACUAUAUAUAUA